AAUAUCGAUCACAUUUUAUUAGAGUAGGUUUCAAGCAUGUUAUUACCUGUUCCACCUUGUUUGCACUGCCGCAUCUCUCCCUUUCCUUUCAUGGUGAUUAUGACCUUCUUCAUCUGUUUGACCUUCUUCAUGCUUUUCUUCAUUCACAAUCCAUCAUUACAAGAGGUAUAAAGAUCACUUAAAUGUACAUUACAAAUAUAUCAAUGGAGUUCCUUUAUAUUUGAUUGCAACUGUAGCAAAAACAUCAUAAUCACCAUUAAGGUAACCCUACUUAACAACCAUUAUUUCAAUCAAGGGCAAUAAAAGAGAAAGAUAGGAUUACCCACGAUUCCUUCGCAUUAGGUGUAGGAUCUGCCCCCAAGUCAUCCUUUUGGAAUGAAUUCGUUUAACAAAUAUUAGUUUGUACGGUAUAAAGUCGACCAAACUUUACUCCUUCCAUCCCCCCUUUCAUGGUAUUAUAUAAGGAACUCCAUUUCAGAAAAUUGUUUUCACAAAAAAGCUCCUCCUCUUUUCUUUAUUUUACAGUGUUACUUUGACUCUGUCUAGUUUUACACAAAAAAAAAAAAAAAUGGCAAGUUCAAGUAUGGGAAUGGCCUGUCUUUUGCUAGUGUUGUGCAUGGCUGCGCCAAGCUUGGCCACAGUUUACACUGUUGGUGACACCUCUGGCUGGACAACUGGUGUUGAUUAUAGCACAUGGGCUAACGGCAAGACCUUCAAAGCUGGCGAUAGCCUUGUUUUCAAUUACCCAACUAGUCAUACAGUGGAUGAAGUAAGUUCAAGUGACUACAGCACAUGCACUGUGGGCAAUGCAAUCACAACAGAUAACAGUGGAGCCACCACCGUUGCUCUCAAGACUACAGGAACUCAUUACUUCAUUUGUGGUGUGGUUGGCCAUUGUGGGAAUGGCAUGAAGCUGGCAGUCAAAGUGGAGUCAGGCUCAUCCACAGCACCGUCCAAGUCACCAACCUCUUCUUCUUCCUCGCCGCCUUCCAGUGAUAAACCAUCAACCACCACGCCAUCUACAACAACUACAACAACUAAUGUCCCGUAUUCCUCAUCUUCAUGGAGUCUUUCCCCAUUUCUGGCUUUUGUGACAGCUUGGGUUGCAUUAAUUGUGAUGUUCAUUUCAUAAGCUUUUGGCAGGAGUGUUGGCCGUGGUCAGGAUAGAGGCAGUGCUGAUCUCCCUUUUUUCUUUUCUUUUUAUCUUGUUUGUAUUCAGGAUCAUUGCUUAUCUUUAUGAAUGAGCAAGUUACCUUCUCAUGGCGUUAGGUACGUCAUAUAUGUAAGUUAUUGUUCAUUCUCGUAUCAUGUUCUAUGUGAACAUUGGUUGAAAUUUUCAAUAAUCCUGUUACCCUUGAUAACACCAGCAACUUAGAGCAAGAGUAUUUAUGACUAAUGGCAACUUUUUUAAUUUCCUGGGAUGAAAGAUUAAUGGUAACUUGAAAAGU